UGUAUACCAUGCGGGCAGUGUUGUUGUUUCUAUAGAGGUACAGUAUGCGUACAGUACAUGUUGGAUCUAUUACAGGAUGUGAUUAUUAUUUAUUUCGGAUAAUGAAGCGCCUUCAGAUCCAGUUUUAGCGACAUUUAAUCUACAUGGUAAUUGACGUGUACAGUGCAAGUAUGGAUGGCUACACUGUACUGAGAGUGAUCGGCGAGGGCUCAUUCGGGCGGGCACUGCUGGUCCAGCAUAAAGGCAACAGUGGGCACUAUGUGCUCAAAGAGAUCCGACUGCCUAAGACUAAGUCCGGCAUGGAGAGCUCAAGGAAGGAAGCAGUACUCCUCUCCAGAAUGAACCACGCGAACAUUGUUGCCUACCAAGAGUCUUUUGAAGCUGAUGGGCAUCUGUACAUUGUUAUGGAGUACUGCACAGGGGGAGACCUGUUGCACAGGAUCAAGAAACAGAAAAGCUCUCUGUUUUCUGAAGAUGUGAUCCUGAGAUGGUUCACUCAGAUGUGUUUGGGUGUGAAGCACAUCCAUGACAAACGGGUGCUCCACAGGGACCUGAAAUCCAAGAACAUCUUCCUCACAGAUAAAGGAAUCAUUAAGCUUGGAGACUUUGGGUCAGCUUGUGUUCUGAAUAGUUCAAAGGCCUAUGCUCAUUCAUAUGUGGGAACCCCUUACUAUGUGUCUCCAGAGAUUUGGGACAGUAAGCCCUACAACAACAAGAGUGAUGUAUGGUCCCUGGGCUGUGUGCUGUAUGAGCUGUGCACCCUGCGUCACCCGUUCCAGGCAAGGAGCUGGAAGAGUCUGAUCUUGAAGGUGUGUAGGGGUACGUACCCACCCUUACCUGAUCACCUGCCCUAUGAACUGCACUACCUCAUUAAGCACAUGUUCAAGACCAACCCCCGGGAUCGCCCCUCCGUGCACACCAUCCUCACCUCCCAUCGGAUUUCCAAACUCCUGAAGAAACACCUGUCCUCCCAGCCACUGGAGAGAGAAUGUCCAAGCAAAUGGAGAAAGGAGGAAGGAGAAAAAGUGGCAUUAUUCCUUGGACAGAAGAGCCUUAUACAUUCAGGAUCCACUCUUGGAGAUACCUUGGCAGAGCCUUUGGAAACACAAGAUAAGAGCAGAAAGGAGUGUCCUCGCAAGAAUUGGGCAGAAGGCCCACCCAGUACAGUCAUGCAGGUCCUGGAAAAUGCAGAGCUCAUUUCAACCAGCUCAGGAGACACUCUCUCAGAGACACAGAGGUCCUGCCCUCGGAGACAGUGGGACAAAAGACCUCCCGAGAGGCUCCUGAGUCUGCUGGAGAAAGCCCAUCUGAGCAUGGCUUUCAAAACCUACACUGUGCACAGGGCAGCAGGUGAAGAUCCCCUGGUGGGGCCCCUGUCCCAGGCAGGGGCGGACGACACAGAUGGCCACAUGGAGGACAUGCUGGACGAGAGCAGGCUGCAGCCACGCUCUGACGACGAGGACACGGAUUUUGAAGAGGACUGCCCCUGUGACUGGGUGGAAGACCUUGAGAAAACGGUCAUGGAACGCUAAUAUCAAUGCUGUGUGCACCUCUGCUAAAACAGUGGACAUUUUGAAUAUGUUGCCUCCAUCACUAAAUGCACUAAAUGUUUUUGAGUGAUGUUCAUCAUAUAAAUGGUUAAUUUAUUCCACCAUUUUUAACAAACUGUACAUA